GAGAGCAGCAGGCCCCCGGCCGGACGAGAAGAGAGUCGGUGGGACGGUGUUUACGUGCGCUCUCGCCAGUGUUUACGCGUCGACAAACAUGGACGACGCGGUUCGGGAGCCGGAGAGGAAGAACUGCACCUUUCUGUUCAAGAGGCGGAAGAUCCGCGGCAGCGCCGCGAGAAAGCGACGAGGAGCGGACGGCGGCGAUGAUAGCAGCGAGGAUGAGACCAUGGUGGUUAAGAAGGAGAGGAAGCAGGACGAUCGCAAUCCCAUGGUACAAAGCACAAGCGUGAAGAGGCAGCAGGAGAAGGCCAGUUACAACGACGCCAGCAGCGAGGACGACGGCGUGACUGUGUCGUAUAAGAGCAACAGAACGGCUCUGCCAGCCGGCCCGAGCGACCAAGGCGCGACGGCUAUUCUUGAGACGGAAACGGAAAAGGACCGGGACGCGCAGGCACUGUUCGAGAAGGCUCAGAAGAUAAACGAGGAACUAGAGGGGAAGGAGGACGACAAGGUUUACAGGGGCUUGAACAAUUACGCGCAGUACUAUAAGAAGAAGGAUACCGCGGCUGGAAACGCGUCCAGCGGAAUGGUGCGCAAGGGACCAAUUCGGGCACCGUCUAAUCUUCGAGCGACGGUCAGGUGGGACUAUCAACCUGACAUAUGCAAGGAUUACAAGGAGACUGGCUUCUGCGGUUUCGGAGAUAGCUGCAAGUUCUUGCACGACCGGUCGGAUUACAAAUUGGGAUGGCAGUUGGAAAGAGAAGCCGCCACCGGCGAAUACGACAACAGCGGGGACGAGGACGACAAGAAGUACGAGAUUGACAGCGACGAGGACAACUUGCCGUUUAAAUGCUUCAUUUGUAGGAACGGCUUCACAGAUCCCGUUGUUACCAAGUGCAAGCAUUACUUUUGCGAGAAAUGCGCUUUGGAGCAAUAUAGGAAAAGCACGCGAUGUUUUAUCUGCAAUACCCAGACUAACGGCACCUUUAACCCAGCGAAGGAACUUAUCGCACGAACCAAAGGGGAGGACAAGGAAGCGCCUGCGGCGAGCGACGACUCCGAUGAAGAUUAAUAUAUUUUUCCUGACAAAAAAAUUGUCUCUUUCCACAAUUUUGUAAUAAAUAGCACUGUAAUAAGUUGACGUAGUCUUAGAAUACCGUCGAUAGAAUACGCUUGUGGAAUUUUCUAGGACGACUAGCGGUGAGUGAACGAUCCUACAACUUUCCGAAUUUUUUUCUGAACGCUCAAUUUAUCGAACGGCAGAAAUUUUUAACGGGGGGGUUUUUUUUAAUGCACCUUGUUACAUAACUACUGCAGGUCAGUAAAGAUAUGUACAUACGUGUACGCGCUUUUAUGUCUUACAAAUGUUGUACUCUACAAUAAUUCCGUGUUUGAAAAACGAAAGUAAUACUGAUAUGAAAGCACAAUACAAUUUAUGCGUUAAUAUUUCAUUAGUACGUUUAUUUCUGCUUCAUGAUACAAUGGAUGCAAUACAUUAAGGGUGCGCUCGGGAGCUCACUAUCGGCGCUACUUAGAAAGUGUCGGUCUAUUUUUCUUCGACGUAUAAUGAGCAACAAAGAUAGAAUGACGCUUUCAGCGCUAAGUAGCGCUGAUAGUGAGCUCCCGAACGCAUCCUAAAACGGACGUUUCGGCUCCAGCUUGGAGCCAUCUUCAGCGUUAAAUAAAGUUCGUUUCUCACAUUCUCUCCCGUUCGAUGAUGAGAGCUUUGGAGUUGCCGGAUCGCAAAGCCAUUGAUUUAAAAGCUAUAUAAUUGUGGUCGUAUUGUCAAAAACGGGAAAUAAAAUGAAAAACGUGGCAAAAAAAAUAUUUAUUAAUACAAGAGAUGUAAAGGUGGCGUCAAAGUGCGGUCAAAAGAACAGUCAAGUUGGAUGCUGUAUACAAAUCACUGAUGACAGUAAAAGCAAAAGUAAUAAAUAA